UUUUGUCUAAGGGACGUUUUGACAUGAGGCCGUUUUUACUACCUACCCUGCAAUUGCUCAAAACCUAUUGUUUUUCGGUAAAUCUUCUCCCGGUCUUGCGAAAUUAACGCUACAGCUGACAAAGGCAUUGCUUCAUUCAUUUCUUUUCAGAUAAUCAAACAAAUAGUGCACGGAAAGGUAAUUCUGAAAUGGAGGUUGCUGAUAGUACUGAGAUGGCUGAAGAUCUGGUGGGUGACAUGGGUACUGAUACUGAAGAAACAGGGGACACUAUUUGCAAAGAUGAUAGCCUGACUAGAGUGGGCAGUGCUGAACAGGACACUGAGUGCAAGAGCAUCACAGACAAUAUGCCAGCCACUCAGACGAUUGGAAAUUGUAAACUUUCAGAAGGAAUGUUAGCUUCAUCUCCAAAUAAAGAAGGGCAGAUUUUGUUGACAACCAAGCCUACAGAAUGCACAACUGUUGAGAUUGACAUUGAUCUCAAUAAUGAGACUAGUGAUGUGGCUGAAGGUAUUGCAGAUGCAGAUCUACAAACAGCAUCUGGCAGUUGUAGCAUAUCAACUCUUGACAAAGCAAGCACAGGAGAUUUGAAAAAAAGUAACACAGCAGAUGUGUUACAAACUAAAACAGACACAGACAAGGCAUCAACAUGUGAACAAGAGAUGCAGGCUGAAGACAUACCAACUAAUGAUAGUAAGCAAAUAGCAGAUGAGAAGAAAAGUAUGCCAAAGAAACCAGAUAUUCAGAAAAUAGAAAGCUCGGACAAAGACUCAUUUACAUCAAAAAGUGUAGAAAGUACAGAUGAAGAUUAUAUGGAAAUAACUGAUGAACAUUUGCUGGACAAACAAACGCAAUGUUUGAGAACAGAUGGGAAGGCAGUAGUUGUAGAUGAUGACUUUGAGGUUAUUGAAAUAGCAGACAGUCCAGCAAAACAAGCUGUAACCAUUCCUGAAUUCCAAUCUGUAAAAGGUGAUGCGCUGAAGGGUGCAGAAUCAACUAAACCACUGGCCAGUAAGCCGGAGCUUGUCUAUGACAGAGGAUUCGUAACACCUGUUCCUAAAUCACUUAGCAAGUUGAAACAGUUGACUGUGAACAUUGGUCCGAUACGUCUAAUAGACCUGAACUGCAAGAAACUCCACAACAUCCUAAAGAUCAACCCCACAUUUGAGAUCAAAUUUGAACCCAAGGAAAAGACUCUAGACAAUGGCCUGAAAAUUAUGGACAGUUGUGGGUAUGUGCGCCUGCCCUUUGAGGUCUCGUCCCCAUCCAUUCUGGUGAAGAUUUCCAACAAGUUGAGUGACCUGAACAUCAAUGGACGGGACAUGUCUGUCAAGUUCCCGGAGGCAUUCAACAAGGCUGUUCAGGAGUGCAAGGCCUGGAUACAGCAGAGGAACCAGUUUUUAAGCUCCAGUGAUUUAAAAGUGAAACAGCGUCGUGUUAUGAUUCAACAAUGGCCAAAAGAAGAAACAUCAGGAGAAAAGCUGAAACGUCUCUUUCCCAGUGUUGACAAAAUAAUAAUGCAGAUUGGGAAAGAUUAUGAUGACAAAGAUAUUUGCCUGGCUGUGUACUUGGAGUUUGCAACUGUAGCUGCACUGGAGAAGUUCAUGAACACUGGAAGCUCCAACAUCUGCCUGGACGGCCGACUGAUCACCUUUACCAGGAUAGCCAAGGGUGGUGUGAAGCCGAACCGAGUGCCAAGCCAAGUUGGGAACACAACUCCAAGAAGGAAGAACUUCCCAGCCUCGGGACAGUUUGGGGCCUCUGCAUUUGGAACAAGGCGGCAGAGGGGCCGAGGUCAGGGCUUAAGAGGCAGAGGUGGCCGUGAUUUGAGGGGCAGGGCAGGGUCUAUAGGCGGUGUCAGGGGCAGGGCUGGAGGGAUUGCCAUCUCACCCAGGUCCACCCUUCACAGGGCACACUACUCACCAGGGGGAGGUCAGUUCAAGGACCCAUUCUCCCCACACAAUCAAUUUGGUGUGGACUUAGGGACCAGAAUGCGUGACAAGUUUGAACCCCAGAGAGAAAUUUGGCCUCAUGAACCCCAUGAUGACAGGCGACACCAGGGAGACAGGUGGCGAAGUCCCUCGCGCUUUGAACACAACAAACAGAGACAGUCAGCCAGCGAGUCAGAUGAGACAAGGGCCAUGCUGGAGUCGAUGAAAUCCAAACUGGAGAACAUGGAACGCAAACUUGCUGAACAGGGUGGCUCGAUGCUUUCACCUGUUGAUGUCAAGAAGAAAAGAGGUCAGAGUGCAAGAGCUCAGGUUUCAAGCGGUCAGCCUGCAGGCAAGAAAUGGGGGCGUGGUCGGGGAGCAGGUCAGCCCGGCCAGAACUACAAACAACAAGGGUACCAACCCAAACAGCAGGGGUACAAGUCUCCCAGGCAACAAAGUCCAGGACAAGGUUUCAAACAGGAGCAGCUUCAAGUGUCCACCGAACCUUCAAAGCAGACUGUACAGUGGUCUGGCUCAAAUGACCAGAAACCAUUGCCUGACAGAAAGUGGGGUCAGCCAGCCUUUGGGAAAUUUGAAACGUCCUGGUCCUAUGACCGUGGCCAGUUUGCAGAUGAACCCAGGCCAGAUUUGAGUCAGGGUCAGCGAGGAAGAGGCUCAAGUGGUGCUGGGGGUGCUGGGAGAGAUGGGGGUUAUCGUGGACGUGGAAAAUCACGCAACAAGUCAGGUGGAAAGAGAAAAGCUGAUAAUUUUUCUCCGGACUACCAGAUGUCACCAAAGCGUCAGUAUUUUGAGGAUAAUUUCAAAGACGCCAGUUUCCAAUAUGGUGCUGUUGACCUGUGGCAGCAGGAACGUUACCCCAACAUGCAGUACGACCAGACACGGAACAGGGAAACCAAUGGAGACAGGAGUCAGGGAGACAGGGGCCAGGGCAGGGAGCACACCUUCACGAGGAGGGAGCACACAUUCCCCUCACCUUACCAGGAGCAGGGGUUUGCAGCCCCAAACACCAGCUACUAUCAACAGUACUGAGACCAGGGUCCGUGAUCAUAUUCACAUAAUAACUGGGAAAGCAAUAUUAUACGUUGAACAAUAAUAUUUGUGAAUUUUCAUGUAGUCCUUUCCAUUAUGAAAUCAAAUGUCCAACAAAAGUUCACAUCUAAAGUCUUAUAUCAGACUUGUAUACAAAAAUCAACAAAUUCAACAUCAAAUUAAAUGACAUAUUUUUUGUUGCCAUGCAAUUUUAUGUCAACUAAAAUAUAUGCCUUGUGGUAGCAAAAAAUCAGAAAAGGUGUAAAGUGUUGUCCCUAAUUAGUCUGUGAAUCAUAAUCUAGGAUGACAUUAUGCAAACGAGAUUUGUCUAUGAAUCUGCGUACCGGUAUAUGUAGCGUAGCAUGAAGAAUAUUUCUUCAACUGUUUUGUUUCAAACAUGCUGAUUUAUUUCUUCCUUUCUAUUUACAAUGUCCAUUAAAAUAUGUUGUUAUUGGGAAUGAAAGCAUUAGUAAAAUUUGUAGCCAGAAAAUUUGAAAAAACUAUAUACUUCAUUUAGCCUUAAUUACUCCCAAGUCAUAGAACAUUGUUGGUGAAUAUGUGCCCAAUUCUAGCAGACAACUGUGGGUACCUUGGAAAAGGAAAGGGAUAAGUGCUGGACUAAAACUGUUGAAUUACAAUUAAAGAACAAACAUUUUAAUUACAUGUUAUUUAGUAAAUGCUGGUGGUUAUGGAUGUUGUACACUAUCGUCUAUGUCUCAUUAAAAAAUGCACAAAGGGACAUUUGUAAGUUUUACAUAGUUGCAAUCUCAUUGUUUCUACCUGCAUAUUGAUUUUCACAAUCAUUUCGCGAAGGCAUCGACUUUGUACGACAAUGAUUGUAUGCUGCCAUUUUGCUUUAUUUGUGUUUUUGAUCCAUUUUGAAUUAUGUUAAUAAAACAGAGAGCCUGU